CACACAUGUUUCAUUCCGUGUUGUUGUUUCUCUUCAAAUAAUUCUUUAUUUUUAUCAAAAAUCUCUCGAUAAACUCAAAUAUUUCACGAUGUUUCAUCUCAACAUCACAAAACUUCGACAUUUAAAGGGAUUUUCUUCAAUAUUCAGAAAUUAUUCCGCAUCUCCCGCAUUCGAUGUCAUCGUAAUCGGCGGCGGGCAUGCGGGAACUGAAGCUUGUGCCGCCGCAUCUCGCGUUUCCAACAACCGCAUCUUACUCGUAACUCACAAAAAAUCCACAAUUGGCGAAAUGUCGUGCAAUCCCUCAUUCGGCGGAAUCGGCAAAGGUCAUCUCGUGCGCGAAGUCGAUGCUUUAGACGGCAUUUGCGGGAAAUGUUGCGACAUUUCUGGCGUUCAAUAUAAAAUUCUGAAUCGUCGAAAGGGUCCUGCAGUAUGGGGACCUCGUGCACAAAUCGACCGAAAUUUAUACCGAAAAUCCGUGCAAAGAGCAUUGAGUGAAAUCGAAAAUCUCGCUAUUGAAGAAGCUUCCGUCGAGGAUUUAAUAAUCGAUUAUUCGCUUGAACGCCCGAAAGUCAAGGGAAUUAUUUUGGAAGAUGGCAGAGAAAUUUACAGCAAAUCUGUGGUCAUCACAACGGGAACUUUUCUCUCGGGACAGAUAAAUAUCGGGCUGGAAGUGAGACCAGCAGGACGAAUAAACGAUCGACCCGCUAUUGGAUUAGCGAAAAGUUUAGCAAAGCUCGGUUUCAACAUGGGACGCCUAAAAACAGGCACUCCGCCGAGAAUUAAGAAAGAAUCCAUCGAUUUUUCGCAUCUUCAGAAGCAACAAGGCGACAAUCCGCCCGUUCCGUUCUCUUUUAUGAACGAAAAAGUCUGGUUGGAGCCCGAACAGCAACUUUUGUGCCAUUUAACUCACACAAAUUCCGCCAUUGAUGCAAUUGUCAAGUCUAAUUUGCACCAAAAUCGACACGUAACGGAAGAAAUUACGGGGCCUCGUUACUGCCCGAGCAUCGAAUCGAAAGUUUUGCGUUUCGGGAAACGUUCGCAUCAAAUCUGGCUCGAACCGGAAGGCUUUGACAGCGAUUUAAUCUAUCCAAACGGGCUUUCGUGCACACUUCCGGCCGAAUUUCAGCAAAAACUGAUCCAACAACUGCCCGGAUUGGAGAAUGCGGUGAUGGCUCGUCCCGGAUACGGCGUCGAAUACGAUUUUGUGGAUCCGCGGGAGCUGUUUCCGUCGUUGGAGACGAAAAAAGUCGCCGGAUUGUUCUUUGCGGGACAGAUAAAUGGCACGACGGGCUAUGAAGAAGCUGCCAGUCAAGGCGUUUUAGCGGGAGCGAAUGCUGCUUGUCGUGCCACGGACCGAAAUCCGCUUUAUUUGAGCCGAACAGAAGCAUAUAUCGGGGUUUUGGUUGACGAUUUGACGACACAUGGCACCACAGAGCCUUACAGAAUGUUUACAUCACGUGCGGAAUUUCGUCUCACGCUUCGCCCGGAUAACGCGGAUUUACGACUUACGGAAAAAGGCUUCGAAAUUGGUCUCGUGUCGAAAGAACGCUUUCUGCGGUGCAUCCAAAUGCGACAAAAUAUCGAAAAAGCAGUCGCACAACUAAAGGAAAUUGCAAUGUCAUAUAAAGAUUGGAAGAAAAAACUUCAAUUGCCCUCGAGCAAGACGACGCAACAAAAAACCGCCUUCGAAGUCGUCGGAGAUAACGUUCCAUUAGCAGCAAUUGCAAAAAUUGACCCGAAUUUCAACUGGAUCGCAGAAAAUCGUGAAUUAUGUGAAAGAGUGACGAUCGAAGCAAUGUACGAUCGAUUUAUUGUCGAACAAGCGAAGGAAGUCGAAGAAGUUCAGAGAAACGAAGAACUUGAAAUUCCCGAUGCGAUCGAUUACACGUCGAAAAGUCUCUCGUUGUCCUUUGAGGAACGCGAAAAAUUGCUUAAAAUCAAGCCACAAACGAUAGCAGCAGCAACUAGGAUACAGGGAAUUACUCCGACGACAAUUGUGAGGCUUUUGGGAUACGUCAAACAGAGAAAUGCGAUAGCAAUGAGGACAAAAAAUUAGUUUCUGGUUAAUAAAAAAUUAAGAUUUCUAUGAAUUGGUAAAUAAUUUAUGAAUAUUUUACGUACUAUAGAACACAAAAAGUGACUAGCUCAUGUCUGAUUUCCGCGAAAUUAUCGAUUUGGGUGACAUUUUUGCAUGUAGGCGACAUGAAAUAAUCAAGAAAAAUUAAUUAAAUGGUUGUUUUAAAUGAAACUCAAUAACCAACAUUAUUGCUCAAAUUUAAAAUUA